AGGAUUCGGGACAGACAGAGCAGUGAGAGGCUGGGGAGGGGCUCACCAGCAGGUUUGUGGAGAGACGACUUAGGCUAAAGAGAAGUUUCCAGGGUAGGACUCAUCCCGCAGUGGAGAGAAAAGCCAUCGUUCUGUGGUCCAAUUAGAGGCGAGGGUUAGAAACUUCAGGAGUCAGCCCAGAAAUCCUAGGGCUUCAAUGACAAUGAAGCUUGAAGAAAAGUGUGGUGACACUGGGAUUCCUGUGGGAAGGAGUCAGCCUCACCUGGGGGACAAGCACCAGGCAAAUGGGAAAGCAGCAUCAGCAGGUGGGGACGCUGAGGUCUGUGCAAAGCAGGAGGCCAGUGGGAAGCGGGACGUGCCCCGGAGAAGCCUCAACACGUACAGCUGGCAGGAGGUGCAGAGACACAACCAGGAGGCCGACCAGUGGCUCGUCAUCGAUCGCAAGGUUUACAGUGUAACUGGCUGGGCAGACAGGCACCCCGGAGGCCGCCGGGUCCUCCAGCACUAUGCCGGGGAAGACGCCACGGAUGCCUUCAGGGCUAUGCACCCGGACCUUGACCUUGUGCAGUUGUACCUUAAACCACUGCUUAUUGGAGAGCUUGCUGCAGGAGAGCCCAGCCAGGAGAGAAACAAAAACUCCCAGUUGGUGAAAGAUUUCCAAGAAUUGAGGAAGACAGUAGAGGCUAUGAACUUGUUCGAUGCCAACCUGGGGUUCUUCUUCCUUCACAUGGCCCAGAUCCUCGCUUUGGAAGUCCUGGCUUGGCUAAUCCUGUAUCAGUUUGGCAGUGGCUGGUGUAUUACAAUACUCAUUUCCUUUCUUCUCACAAUUUCACAGGCUCAGUGUGCAUUUUUGCAGCAUGACCUAGGACACCUUUCCAUAUUUAAGAAGUCCAAGUGGAACCAUCUGUUGCAAAAUGUUGUGAUGGGCCAUCUCAAGGGCCUAUCACCAAACUGGUGGAAUAACCGGCACUCUCAACAUCAUGUAAAAACAAACAUCUACCCCAAAGACCCGGAUAUCGACAUGGGCCCACUUUUUCUACUCGGAGAUUCACAACCUGUCAAGUAUGGCAAAAAGAAAAUCAAAUACAUCGACUAUGAAAAGCAGCACCUGUACUUCUACACAGUUGGGUUACCCCUUCUCAUGCCUGUGUAUUUCAAUCUGACAUCUAUGCAAACGAUGUACCUUAGAAGAGACUGGGGGGACAUCGCCUGGGUUAGCAGCUUUUACAUCCGACAUUUCGUUAUGUUUGGCCCUUUCUAUGGAGUCUUUGGAACCCUGUUGCUCAUAUAUUUGGUCAAGUUUCUUGAAAGUCCCUGGAUUGCGUAUGUUACCCAGAUGAGCCACAUAUCCAUGACAAUGAGCGCAGAGGAGAACCGGGACUGGCUCAGUACUCAGGUCCUGGCCACCUGUAAUGUUGAACAGUCCUUUUUCAAUGACUGGUUCACUGGGCACCUGAACUUCCAAAUCGAGCACCAUCUGUUCCCCACAAUGCCGCGUCAUAAUUACCACAAAGUGGCACCUCUGGUGAGGUCACUGUGUGCCAAGCACAGACUGCAGUACGUGAACAAGCCCAUGCUGAAGGCGUUUGGAGACAUUCCCUGGGCUUUGAAGAAAUCCGCAGCCCUCUGGAAGAAGGCUUACUAUGAAACAUGAUGUUCACAAGCGGAUGCAUCUCUGAAGGGGGCACAUGGAUGUGCAAGGACUCUUCCCUGCUCAUCUGGGAAUUAAUUAGCCCCACAGGCAUCCCUGAGUGUGCUGGGAAUGUGAAUAUCAAGGACACCUAAUGACUCCUUCUCUGAAGGUCUUCUCUGCAAAUAAGAAGCGGGGGAAAUACAAGAAGACAUUGGCCAGACUGACAAAAAGGACGUAGCCAUCCCGUGUUUUUAGUGCUCUUAUUUCAUCAUUAGUAUAUUAAACUCUGUGUUGGUUGUUUACAGAUUCAUAUUCAUGUAAAAAUGCUAUAAGAGAAUCAAGUAAACAUUAAAUUGAAGAUCAUGUGGGAUGAAAGGUGCUAGCUAGGUAAGAACGAACAUUUAUAAUGGAGUAAAUUUUAAUUGGCUUAGUGGGUUGCUUGUCAAUAAAAAUCAUCA